GAGAAAGAUGGAAAUGGUCCUUGUUGGGUGAACGGAUGGAAGCCUAGUCAUUCCCGUAUCCCUCCUCCCCCCCAAUUUAGACUGUGUAGAGCUUGAAUGUUAGCGAAGUUGAAAUAGCCGAAUCGGUUGGGUAGGGUUGACACAUCAUUAUCGAUUUUUUUUUUCUUUCUUUUCUAUUUUUUUCUGUGAUUGCAUUUGUUUUCCCUUCUUCCAUCUUCUUUCGCUUUUCCCGCUUUUUUUGAGGGAAAAGCUGAUAUUCCCCCUACCCAUUUUUCUCUCAUCAACCACAUUGGAGUUAGGACUGUCGAAACCCGCGUCUACAGUGCCUGCUUUAACUCUCCCUCCUUCUUUGCCCACAUGCAAAGCGAAAAUGGCGAUCAGCAGAGGGAUGACCUUUCCAUACCACCAUUACGAUCUUGGGCAUCUCAAGCCGUCUCUCAAUAUGAUAGUCGGACAGAUAUGAUGCACUCUUCGGACACAUCCACUUCGAGGAGAGAACUUACGUCUCGUGAUUCAAAUGAAUCCAUCACCUAUAUCAUACCCGGCACUCAGUCUGCCUUUGUGACUAAACUGUACAAUAUUGUCGGAGACGAAGACAUACAACACUUAAUAUCAUGGUCAAAAGAAGGAGAUGUAUUUAGCGUGAAGAACCCGACGGAAUUCGCGAGAACCAUCUUACCACAAUAUUUUAAACAUAAUAAUUGGCAAAGUUUUGUUCGCCAGCUCAACAUGUAUGGAUUUCACAAGGUCAACGACGUGUUUCAUACAUUGACCAAUGAACAACAAUUAUGGGAAUUCGCUCACGAAUGCUUUCGACGCGGUCAACCCGAACUAUUACAAAAAAUUAAACGAAAAACAGGCGUACGGUUAUCACCCGCCCAAGCCAUAAAAUCCGACAGUCCAAGUGAACCGGCGGACGCGACGGACGACCGAAUUCGACAAUUAGAACAGCAAAUUAUCCAUUUGCAAGCAAAAUGCGAAGCCAUUAUCAAAAUCAAUUCUGAUAUGCGAGAAACGCAAUUGCAGCAACAGCAGGUACAUCAUUUUUAAAAAGAGAAACACGCCCUGUUCACUCCCCCAACUAAAAAAAUAUCCCGUUGGAACUACAGAUGAUCGAACACCUUCAGUCUAAAAUGAAAGAUGAUGUUAAUGGUGAGCAUAUCACUCGCAGUAGCCCC